GCCAAGCGAUUUUGCUUGCGUGUGUGGUGUCGGUGGCAAUGGAUUGUCCGCACAUCGUCGAUAACGUAGGUCUCGGAAAGGAAUCGAUCAGGGCCGUGAAGAACAGCAACAUCGCCACCUUGUCCGUUGCUGCUGGUGAACCCCUCACCACAGUAGGCGAUCGUCUCGACGGCGCGAAUGUGUCCGACGCGGUAGCACUAUCCGACGUAGUAGUCGCUGCUAGUCCAGCGACAGUUCUCACGGUCCCCACUACUGCGUCAUCGUCAGCAGUAGCAACGGCAAAGCAUUGGAAAUGUACAGAAUGCUCUAUCAGCAAAGACAACUGGAUGUGCUUACAGUGCGGCGCAGUACUAUGCGGUCGCUACGACAACGGGCAUGCACUGAAGCAUUCGAAUACGAAGAAAAAUCACAACAUUUGCAUGAACACAUCGAACCAGUCAGUCUAUUGCUAUAAAUGCGAUGAAUUUGUGAUAAACGACACCAAUGACAAUGCAUUGGAAGAACUCCGGCAAGAGCUAAAGGAUGGCAAUGGCGACCAGAUGGACACAAUUUCCGAAACGUCAUCGACGUUGGAAGAAAUCAGCUCAUCUAAAUCGGCGCAAGAAACGGCCAGCAGCACAUCUUCGUCGAGUGAUUCCGGUUGGGAAGAACCAUCUCCGGCUGCACUAUUGGCCACGCCACCCGUUCCCACCAUAUCGUCCGCUACUGCGAUCGUCAGUUCGCGAAAGCUACGUCCACGGAAGCGCACGAUAUCGAACGAUAGCAACAACGAGAAUGGGGCCACCACCGCCAAACGGAAGUCGAUGCGGCGGGUAGUUGGGCUGCGCAAUCUGGGCAAUACCUGCUUCAUGAACUCAGUAUUACAGUCGUUAAGCAACAUACAGGAGUUUAGCUGCUACUUCAACACAAUGCCUGCCCUGGAGAUGAAACACAAGCAGAAGGCGUACCAUUCGCGAAGCAUGAAGGAAACGAUGGAUGAUGUGUUUGUGGUGGAGGAACUACGCAAGGUGCUGCUUAACCUUAGCCAAGGGGGUGACGGGUCAAAGGGCGCCAUUUCGCCCGAGUGUUUGUUUCUGGUCAUCUGGAAGGUGGUACCACAGUUCCGUGGCCAUCGGCAGCACGAUGCACACGAGUUUCUACGCUACAUGCUUGACCGGCUGCAUACCGAGCUGCAGCAGGUAUCGUUCCCGGUGGAACUGAACUCGGUAAAAUCUGGCGAACACAAAAAUCCGUACAACGUGUCGGGGCUCAGCCAUUUGCAGGCGAAGGGUCGCAAUUCGAUCGUCACGAACGUGUUUGGCGGUGUGCUGCAGAGCGAGGUGCGCUGUCUGAUCUGUGGCAUGGAAAGCAAAAAGCACGAUCCGUUCCUCGACCUAUCGUUAGACAUUCCGGAAAAGUUUUACAGCAAAGAGCACGUCGCGGACGGUGGUGCGAGUGGUGGGGUCGAUGCAGCGAACGGUGGUGCACCUGUUUGUGACAUUUCCGACUGUUUGUCCAGCUUUACGGAGGUGGAAGAAUUGGCAGAAACUGAGCUAUACUACUGUAACUCGUGCAAGUGCAAGCAGAAAUCGACGAAACGCUUUUGGAUUCGUCGAUUACCAAACGUUCUGUGUUUGCACAUAAAACGAUUCCGUUGGAACAAUUUCUACAGAACAAAGAUCGAUUUGAGAAUAGCAUUCCCCAUCAACGCACUCGAUAUGUCGCAGUUUGUGCUAAAUAACGGACCUGAAACGAGACGAUCCAAUUCCAGUUGCAACAUCUACGACCUGGCCGCCGUUAUUGUCCAUCAUGGCAAUGGCUCCAGCUGUGGUCAUUAUACAUCCUUUGCCAUCAACAAUGGCGUCUGGAUGCACUUCAACGAUCACACGGUGAAGGAGGUAAGCAGUACGGCGGUAGCGGAAUGCAAACCGUACAUCCUGUUCUACAUCAAGCGUGAUCCAACGAAUGCCAACCGCAUGUCUAGUACGAUCGGCUCCGCAGUGCCCGGUGCAGCCGCGGCAGCUAAUCAGUCGUCGUCGUCCUGA